AUGGCCGAACAUUCCAAGAUUCUUCCCAUCUCCACCGUCACCCUCUUCACCAUUCAUAUCACACCCGUCCCACCAAUACACCCCACCUGCUCCGACGACACUUUCGCGGCCCUCGACGUGCGAAUCAAUCAGGGCAUCCGGGAGGUCAUCCAUGAGGCAAGUCACACCCCAUUUCUCAUAGCUAGGGCGGUUUAG